GCGUACGGACGUGGUUACUGUACGUUCUGUUAUCGUGUACACGUUUCGGGCGUGUUUUUACCGGGCACCUUAAUGAAAAAUUGAUGGAAAAGCGGUCCUAACGACCCCUCCUAUGCUCGCUGUGUAUAGACUGUGCUCUAAUUGAAUAUUGUGCAAGGAUAUUGAUAACAUGCCGGGUGCAAUGUGAAUGAACGACGCAAAUCGACGGCACUAUGUAUGCAAACACCUAAUGUUGGGACAGUGUAGUGAUAAUCGAUAUCGGUAUCGAUAAAAUGGUGUGGUUUGUGCUAUUGCUGCCAGUGCUCGCGGCGGCAGCGCUGCCGCCCAGUGAUUCUGACUCGUGUAACCCUGACAAGAUGACAGUUUACCGAAUGGUGUUGCAUACCUAUUGGACGCGAGAAAAGUUUCCGAAACAUUACCCGGACUGGAGGCCUCCAGCGCAGUGGUCAAGAAUUUAUGGUGUAUCCCACAGCAGGUCGAACGUUUUGUUCCGUUUGGGUAGACGGGUGUCCGCCCCCGUACGGCAGUUCGCCGAAAGCGGCCGAUCAGAUUCGCUUGGCUCGAGCCCAGGCACGCUGGAUGUAUUUGGAGCACCAGCUAUCAGUCAAGGCGCAGGCAGAACUGAAGCGGAGUUCUUCGUAGACGGAAAUCACUCUAGAGUAUCUGUAAUGGCACGUAUGAUCCCAUCUCCGGACUGGUUCAUCGGAGUAGACAGCUUUGAUCUCUGCGUCGACGGAAACUGGAUUGAUAGCAUCACUAUUGAGGUGGACCCAUUAGAUGCAGGCACGGACAACGGGUUCACAUUCACGGCGCCCAACUGGCCAACGGCUCCGCAGGGGGUAGCCUACCGCAUCACCUCUAAGUACCCCUCCCACCCCGCCGGCUCUUUCUUCUACCCCCAUCUGAGAAGGCUUCCACCAAUCGCAACUUUUCAGUUUAUCAAGCUCCGCGAAUACGAGCUCUCCGAAGUAUUUCACCGCGACAGCGACGACCGACGAUACGACGUUCUACAGAUCGACAAACUAAACCACAACAGUAUAGAUGUGCUAGACGGCAACCGAGCUCUGUCCAUCGCUGAGGAAGUAGAACGGGCAGAAGCACCAAGAAUUCACUCUGAUGGCUCUUUGACUACACCGGAUAGUGGCUAUUCUUAUUAUUCUAUAGUUCCGAGCACAAACAGCACGACAACCACGACAGAAGAACCCCGAUCAGCAAAUGAGCUGCCAACAUCUGGGCCUACAGCAAGCGAGCGAUCAGCAUUAAGAAGUCUCGCGCGCAGAUACCGAGCGAGAAGACGUCGCAAGCUGCGUGGAGACAGCACCGACCCGGCGGAGAGGAGAAAGCGGAAAAGAACGAGACUGCUGGACUGCCGUGUAUCGGAAUGGGGCGAAUGGAGCCCGUGCCGAAAUGACGGCGGCUGCGUUGGUUCUGCAUUACGUACACGAAGGAUCAUCCGUCGCCAACGCCCCGGUGGCAACCCUUGCCCCCCUACAGCACAAUCACGGUGGUGCGCAACCAACUGCACGUCACCGCCGCUGCGGGAGGACUGGCGGAAUAAUCUCACGUAAUCCCUAUUUAUUUGUAAGGCUUGUUUACACAGGACAAUGCAAUAUGACAAGACAAUAUAAUAUAUCACUGAAGAGUUGAACUCUCUCGACAUUACUUUCCUGCCACGUUUAGCCUGAGUACCUUGAAGGCGAGACUAAAUAACCGUUUUAGGCAAGCGUGCUCAAACAUAGAAGUCAAUAUUCCAUCGAGCAAGAUCGUCGUCGAGUCUUUACCGGAGGGCUUUGCUUUAGGCAGUAUA